CAUUUUUCUUAUAAAAACAACCACCUCCGAAUCAACUCUCUCUCCCUCACAAAACCCUUUUGGCUUUCGCAUCACUUCUCAUCAAAUCACUCACAAAUUUCCAACUCAUGGCCUUUUUCAAGUUUCCUUUGGUUUUGUUCAUCUCCUCCCUCCUCCUCCAUGCAGCCUUUUGUGAGACUGUUUGCGAGGAUUUGCCAACGGAUGUAUGCGCAUUUUCAAUAGCAUCAUCUGGGAAAAGGUGCUUGUUGGAGACGUAUGCGACGAGAGAUGGGAAGGUGGAGUACCAGUGCCGGACAUCGGAGGUUAUGGUUGAGGGAAUGACAGAUUAUAUAGAAACCGAUGAGUGUGUGAAUGCUUGUGGGGUAGAUAGAAACUCUGUUGGUAUUUCUUCUGAUGCACUUCUUGAACCUCAGUUUACUUCUAAGCUUUGCUCUCCAGCUUGUUUCCAGAAAUGCCCCAACAUUGUCGAUCUUUACUUCAACUUGGCUGCCGGCGAAGGUGCAUUUUUGCCAGACCUGUGUGAUGCAGCAAGGACCAAUCCCCACCGUUCGAUGAUUCAGCUGAUGAGCUCAGGUGCAGCCCCUGGUCCUGUUGCGAGCGAGGCAUCAACGUCUUUCAUUGGCGCUCCUGCUUCAGCUCCUAUGUAAUUAGUCACACCUUGUCUCCGGUUCAAAAUUUAUAUAAUUUUUUUUUUCUUGGAAUUUUUUAGUGUAAAGCGAAUCAGGAAUAAGUUUGAGUUGAGAAUUUGGAUUGAGAGGCAUUUUCAGAUUUUUCAUCUAUUGAUGUUGGAUUCGUUGAGGAUUACUAUAUAUUAUUUUUCAUCUUUAA